AUGAAAGCAAUCUACGCCGUCCCUGCGACGCUGGCACUCGUCUACCGAGCCUGGUCGCACCAAUCCCUCACUCCCGCUGGCAUCGUUGCCGCCGUUAUCACAGCUAUCGCUCAUGCCUACCACCCAUGGAACCUGCCAUUCGCGCUGCUCUGCGUAUUCUUUCUUGCUGGAACUAGGGCUACCAAGGUCAAGCACGAUGUCAAAGCACAGAUGACGAUGGCUUCCAGAGGCACGCCCGGAGGCGAAGGGGCGCGCACCCACGUCCAGGUUUUUGCCAACUCGCUGAUGGCAUCUUGCCUUUCACUCCUCCAUGCCUACCAACUCAACAAGCGAAAGGCCGCGAUCGUGGACUCGACGACCUCAAACCCCUCUGGAACGCUCUGCUAUUCCUGGGGCGGCGACCUCCUUGUUAUCGGGAUCAUCGCGAAUUACGCCGCGGUCGCUGCCGACACGUUCAGCUCGGAGCUAGGAAUCCUGGCCAAGGGGGAGCCCCGCCUGAUCACAUCACCCACCCUGCGCAAGGUCCCGCGCGGCACGAACGGCGGCGUCACUGCCCUCGGUAUCGCCGCUGGUGCGUUGGGCUCGAUGAUCAUUGUGACGGCCUCCAUGGUCUUCCUCCCGUUAUGCGGAGACGACACUGCCGGUAAGGUCGGAGGUGGCAUCUCGGCGUGGACAACCCAGCAGCGGUCCACCUUUAUGUUGGGGAUGACGCUUUGGGGCGUCCUUGGAAGCCUCCUGGACAGCGUUCUCGGUGCCCUGUUGCAGCGCUCCGUCAGAGAUGUGCGGACCGGCAAGAUCGUCGAAGGCGAGGGCGGGACCAAGGUCCUGAUCUCCGGCGACGCCUCCGACCACGCCGACAAGAACCAGAAGCGCGCGGUCCUCAAGGCCGCGGCGCUCCACGGGGAGGGCAAGCGCGCCGUGGAGAAGAUGCAGGAGGCUGACAGCGUGGAAACCCCCCAGACCAGCGACUCAAAGAAGAGGUACGAUCCCGAGGACAAGCACCGCAAGCCGACCAUGGGCGACGCAAAGCCCUCGCGGGUCGUGGAGACGGGGUGGGACCUGCUGGACAACAACGAUGUCAACUUUUUGAUGGCGUUCACCAUGAGCAUGGGGGCCAUGGGUGUUGCCAGCUGGUUUUGGGGCGUGCCCAUCGAGUCGAUUCUCGACCUCUAG